AAAAUGUACAUUUAUUUUCUUUAUAGCCAAAGAAACGACCUAAGCCAUCUGAAUGGAAGAAAUUGGAAGAAUCUGCAAUAUAUAAAGGAAAUAAUACUCUUCGAGAAUACCAGUUGGAAGGUGUAAAUUGGCUAACAUUUUGUUGGUAUAAUGGGCAAAAUUGUAUAUUAGCUGAUGAAAUGGGUUUGGGAAAAACAAUCCAGUCUAUUGCAUUCUUGAAUGAAGUAUCAGAUUAUGGAAUUACUAGUCCAUUUCUAGUAAUAGCACCACUUUCUACCAUUGGGAACUGGCAGAGAGAGUUUGAGACCUGGACUGAUUUAAAUGCAAUUACAUAUCAUGGAAGCUCUGCAAGUCGUAAUAUGAUUCAAGAAUAUGAAAUGUAUUAUAAAAAUGAAAAGGGGGAGAGAAUAUUGGAAGUAUAUAAGUUUCAAGUAAUGAUAACAACAUUUGAAAUUGUACUUAGUGACUGUUUAGAGUUGAGAGAGAUACCUUGGCGUUGUGUUAUUAUUGAUGAAGCACAUCGCUUGAAGAAUAGAAAUUGUAAACUGUUAGAAGGCUUAAGAUUAUUAAAUACGGAACAUCGUGUACUCUUAACUGGAACACCAUUACAAAAUAAUGUUGAAGAACUGUUCAGCUUGUUAAAUUUUCUUGAACCUAAUAGAUUUGUAUCUACAGAAGCCUUUUUGGAAGAAUUUGGUGAAUUAAAAACCGAAGGACAAGUAGAAAAACUCAAAGCUGUGAGUCUAAAACUUUUCUCU